AUGGUCUGGUACUCCAGUGGGUCUAACAUCAUAAGCUAUGAGGAUUGUGAUACAGUCACACGAUCAGAUUGUCCACAACAAAGUAAAAAAAUACACAUGCCAGAUGCUUCAUUCACUGCUGAUGAUGACAUAGACUUCUCUGCAGCGGAAACUGUACCAAACAGGGGAUAUUCAGUCAAGUUAUCAACAGCAAACAACACAGAGUUAGUUCUUAGUCCAAUACAAAAUGAAACAGAACUUGAAGAGAAUACACCAGUUGGAUAUAAAGUUUUAUAUUUUGAUGUAACAGACACCGAUGUUAACGAUAACAUAACUUGGACUUUAACAGGUCAACAUGAAUUGUUUACAAUGAGUGAAAUAAAAAAUGAAAAAGUUACUUUGAACUUGCAGACGAAACUACCAAGCGGUGGUGGUCUGACUUAUGUAAUCACUGUGACAGGAACUGAUUCAUGCCAACAUACGGCAACGGCAACUGUUACUGUAGCCUCCUAUAACGCGCCACCUAUUAUUAACAACUUGCCAUCUAUCCACGAGAUCAGCGAGUCAACAAAAUCUACAAUAUUUCUAUACACAAUCAAUGUAACAGAUGCAACAUACGAUCCAUUAUGCUGUACCUUAUCAUACACACUACCUAACAGUUAUAACUUUCAGUUUAAAGAAGAAAAUGGCGGUAUGUAA